AAGCAAGUAAAAGAACACAGGGAGAGAGAGAUGGGGAAGAUAAGCUCUGAAACUCCAAAUGAAACUACAAUAAACCAUUUUAGUCAUCCACACCCUCUGAAGCUGUCCAAUUAUCAAACCCAACAUACCCUAAUCCAAUCUUCUUCUUGUUCAGGAUGCACGCUUCAGGUCUCUGGAUUGACCUACAAUUGCACAACUUGCAACUAUUUCCUUCACAAAAAAUGUGCCGAAAUGCCUCAGAAAAUCUCUCAUCCUUUUCAUAAACAGCAUGCCUUUUCUCUACUUCAGAAGCCUGUGUAUCCGAACGGAGCCUUCAACUGCGAUGCUUGUGGGGAAGUUGGCAAUGGAUUUUCCUACCACUGCAAAGAGUGCACCAUUGAUUUGCACAUACUUUGUUCCGUUAUGCCGUUAUCCCUCGCUCAUGCCUCUCAUCCACACAAGCUCAAUCUUACUUUUGAAUGCCCUUAUCCUACGAAGAGUUUUUGCUGUGAUAUAUGCGGAAAAGGUGGCUCAAAUCUCUGGCUUUACAGGUGUAGCUCGUGUGGAUUUGAUGCGCAUUUGAAUUGCGCAGAGGGUGCUCCACCGUCUUCACCUCAAGUGUCUCAUAUGCAACAAAACCCUGUAAAUUUCACGUCUUUUCAAUCUCAAAGUCCGAUGCCUCAAGUAUUUACAUCUUUUCUACCUCAAACUUCGAUGCCUCAAGCAUUUACGUCUUUUCAGCCUCAGACUCCGAUGCCUCAAGCAGCAUUUACAUCUUUUCUACCUCAAACUCCGAUGCCUCAAGCAUUUACGUCUUUUCAGCCUCAGGUUCCGAUACCUCAAGGAUUUACAUCUUUUCAACCUCAAAGCAAUGUCAGUUUUGGCAUUCCUGCUGCUACGGUUAUGCCCACUUAUGGGAAUAGACAGAACAAUGAAGUCUUCCUUCAGACACUUCAACAAAUAUACAGUAAUGCCCAACAGAAUUACUUGCAGACUUUGAUGCCUGCCACUGGAGGCGGAGGUGACAGAGGAUCGGAACAACUGCUUCAAAUGUUUUCAAACCUUAAUAUUAACGGUGGUGGAAGUGGCGGGAUCCCUGAUUUGAAUACGUUUGGUGGUGGCAGUGGAGGUAUCCCUGGGUUGGAUGCUUUCGGUGGUGGCAGCAUCCCUAAUUUCGAUGCUUUUCGUGGUGACUUAGGAGGGCAGAACUUCUUGCAAGCAUUGAUAAAUAAUGGUGGUGUUGACGGAGGCGGCGGGCUAGACAUACUGCAAUCGUUAAUGGGUGGUGGAGGUUUGCUUGAUACCCUUGGUGGACUCGGUGGAUUCCUUUAAAGCUUUUGAAUAAUUAUCAUGCUAAGUUUACCUCAAAUAUAUAAUAUAAAGAGGUUAAGUUUACAUGAAUCUUGUUCUUUCCUUUCAAAAUUGAAAAUAAUGUUUACAAAUCUUUUCUUGAAUCAGCUGGAUGAAAUGAAUUAAUCCUUGAUAAUAAAUCUUUGUCGAAAAAUUUGUAGCCUUUCAAUAUUUAAGACCAAAGUAAUUUGUAGUUAUCUUUA